UGAGAAUUAAAGUGCGUUGUGUAAAAAUGUAUAUUUCACUUUUUGUGAUUUUAAGUUUGUUAACAAAUGGAAUUCAUUCGUAUACGAUUUUGAAUAAUGUCAAAAUUUCAAGUGACUUCCUUCAGGAAGUUUUCUAUAAAAUACCCGCGGAUACGGAAUUAGAAGCACCUUGGAAUGAUUUAAACUCACAAAAAUGUCUGCAUAGUAUUAAGGAAAUAAUUAAACGUUUACCAAGUAAAGACGUUGCUCCAUUUUUGGACGCGUGGGGAAAAUAUCCCUCAGGGUUUCUCUAUUCAAACAAUUAUGACCUCGGAAAUUAUGACCAGUGUGUUAGAAUUUCAGUGCCCUUGACCGAAAGCGUAGGUGUUGCAAAUGGUAAAUAUUGCUUUGCAAAAAUUCCACUCGUCUUGGAAACGCAGUCCAGACUGACAUAUGACAAAACUGUGAGGGAUAUCAAUAUUGGAAUAUGUGUUCCUGAGACAUGCAGCCCAGAAUUUCUUACUUCGUUGUUCCAAAAAUCAGAUAUUAACGCUGAUUUGAAAGAAGCCCUAAAAGAUAUGACAAUCGGUCGUUGUUCGAAUGGAAAGACACCACCUUUAACAACAAUCAACAUAGUUGCAAUUUCUAUAUUUGGAGUAGUUACUGGACUUAUGAUCAUCAGUUCGUUGUAUGAUUUUUAUGUGAGCUAUUAUGGAAUAAAACCAGUACCUGUCCUUUUGGCUUAUUCUGUUCUUACCAAUGGAAAGAAAUUAUUUGCAAUAAAUACCAAAAGAUCACCAAACAAUAUUGAUUGCUUGACUUCGAUUCGUGUCAUUUCAAUGAUAUGGAUUAUGAAUCAUCACAUGUUCUCCAAUUACUUCAUUCCUGCAAUUAAUCAAAAUGAAUUUUAUGAGUGGAUCAACACUUUUGUGUCAAUGCCCGCACUGAUGGGUACCUCUGUUGUGGACUCGUUCUUUUUUAUUGGUGGUCUACUUGUAGCCUGGAGUGGAUUUAGAGAACUGGAUAGAACAAAUGGAAAAAUGAACAUAAUUAUGAAUAUUGUACAUCGUUACAUUCGAUUGACACCUGUUGUAGGGGCUGGACUUCUAUUGAUUUAUGGUAUAAGCAAUCAACUUUAUGUUGGACCCUUCAGCGAUUUGGCCUUGUCAAAAUAUGAAUGCAAUAGCAAAAACUGGUGGCCAGUUCUUGUUUAUAUUCAAAAUUAUUUCAUUCAACAACCAAAGUGCUACGAUGAAUCUUGGUACUUGGCUGUUGAUUUCCAACUUUACGUUCUUUCACCACUUUUACUUAUCCCAAUGUGGAAAUGGGGUAAGAAACUAUACCCACUUAUCGUUGGUCUAAUAACGGCAUCGUGUAUUUAUGUUAUGGUCGUAUUUUUCAAUUACGAAUUUACUGCGAUGACCAUUGGAGGAAAUGAUGGCGAAUGGGAAUUAACUUACGUCCCAAUGCACACUCGAUUUGCACCUUGGUUGGUUGGUUUUGUUUUAGGAUAUUUUAUGCAUAAAAACCGUCAAACAACUUUCGAAUUAUCACCUAUUGUUCAAUUGCUGGGUUGGAUUGCUAGUAUUGGAACUUUUGUAGCUAUAGUGUAUGGACCUUAUUUCACUUUGAGUGCAUAUGGUGAAGGCACAGUAUUCGAGUCAGCUGUGUAUGCAGGCUUAAAACGAGUGUCCUGGAGUCUUGCCCUGGCAUGGAUAACAUUUGCGUGUCAUUAUGGCUUCGGAGGUAUUAUUGAUACCUUCCUAUCACAUCCGGUAUGGCAGCCAUUUGGACGUCUUACUUAUUCGUUAUAUUUGAUGCAUAUGAGUGUUAUAAGAAUGCAUUUUGGAAUGAUGAGGACUGAAUUACACUUUGGUUCUUAUGACAUGUUCCUCUGGUUUUGGAGUGCAUUUGGAAUAACAUUCUUCAUAUCAAUCUACAUGAGUCUUGCCUUCGAAGGACCAAUUCUUGUAUUGGAAAAAUUCAUUUUCGGUGACAAAGCAGCAGAAAAAAAGAGCCUCGUUGAACCUUCAGUUUCACCUAAGGCUGUCUUACCACAAAAACAUAUAAAUGAUAUUCUCAGAGAAACGUUUUUAAGUGAAUUACGCAACAACAAAGAGUUAUUGCAUGAAAUCCAUGGAGAGAAUUUCUAUCAGUAUGAUUCGAAAAAGUGCUUUUUUAGUUUGAAAGAAUUGAGUAGUGUUGGGAAUUCUCAUGGUGUUCAGUUUUUUGAUGCAUGGGGUAAAAUACCGUCGGGUAUAAAACAAAAUAAUUUGUAUGGUGUCGGACAUUUCGAUCAAUGCGUCGAAACUACGGUGUCAUUAUCAAAUUCAGCUGCUGGUAAAGUAUCGGGUCAAUAUUGUUUUGCUCAACUGCCACUCAGCAAUGCAUCUCUUCUGAAUGAUGAAACAUUUAUUGAAAACUUGAACUUAAAUAUUGGAAUAUGUGUACCAAAUAGUUGCAGUCCGGAAGUUAUAAAUUCCAUACUAAGAAAAUCAUUACAAAGAUCUUCGAAUGGAAAUCUAUCAGAUGUAAUUGUUUCGGAUUGCACAAAUGGACAGAAACCGCCUUUACGGUUUAUUCAUAUUUUUGGAAUAGUUGUGUUUUCCUCUGUUGCCGUAUUGAUGGUUGCAAGUACUUUCUAUGAGUUCUAUACGAGUUAUACUGCAAAACAACCAGUUCCAGUUCUAUUGGCAUUUUCUAUUUUAUCAAACGGAAGGAAAAUGUUUAACAUCAAUACGAAAAAGUCUCCUAAUAGUAUCGAUUGUUUGACAGGACUAAGAGUCUUAUCAAUGAUUUGGGUUAUACAACAUCACGUUCUUCUGAUGCAUAUAUUUAUUCCAACAUUAAAUCAAAUUAAAUCUACUACAUUUUUCUUAGAAAACAUUUGGUAUAUGAGUUAUAUGAAUGCAGGAAUAUCAGUUGAUACAUUUUUCUUCAUGUCUGGACUUUUGGUAGCUUGGACUGGAUUUAAAGAACUGGACAAAACAAAUGGAAAAUUAAAUAUUGUGAUGAUGUACGUUCAUCGUUAUAUUCGAUUAACACCUGUUGUAGCAGCUGUCCUUUUGUUCAACGUCAGUUUGCACGAACUUAUUUACACAGGACCAUUUAGAGAGUUAAUGCUUAGACAAAAUAUAUGCGACAGUAGCAAUUGGUGGCGUAUUCUAACUUAUAUUCAGAAUUAUUUUGUGCCAGAAAAGGAAUGCUUAGAUGAAACUUGGUAUUUGGCUGUAGAUUUCCAGCUUUACCUGGCCGCUCCUUUUCUUUUGAUUAUGAUGUGGAAAUAUGGAAAGAAGUUUGCUCCUGUUCUUGUCGCACUUGCUUUAACAUCAACUGGUUAUGUUACUUGGGCUUUUGUUAAUAAAGGUUACGUUGGAGUUGUUAUUGGAGUAAAUCAAGACGAAUGGACAUUAACUAACAUUCCAACGCACGCAAGGACUACAUCUUGGUUAGUUGGACUUGGACUUGGUUAUUUCAUGCAUAUAAAUCGACAGACCAAAUUCCAAAUACCAAAAAUUAUUCAAAUAUUGGCUUGGAUUAGCAGCCUCGCAACUCUCUUCUUUAUUGUGUUUGGACCUUAUAUGAUCAUGGAUGACAAACGUUCCUCGACCAACUUCCUAGCUACAAUCAAAAUGUAUUUUUUACCUGUUCUUAUCACGUUCUUGCUGAUAAAUGGAAUUAACUCAUUUUUGAUUGUUAAUAAUGUGACAAUAAAUAGUGAUAUUCUCAGAGAAUCGUUUUUAAGUGAGAUUCGGAAUAACAAUGAAUUAUUGAAUGAAAUUCAUGGAGAGAAUUUUAAUGAGUAUGAUUCGAAAAAGUGCAUUCUUAGUUUGAAAGAAUUGAGUAGUGCUGGGAAUUCUCAUGGUGUUCAGUUUUUUGACGCAUGGGGUAAAAUAUCGUCGGGUAUAAAACAAAAUAAUUUGUAUGGUGUCGGACAUUUCGAUCAAUGCGUCGAAACUACGGUGUCAUUAUCAAAUUCAGCUGCUGGUAAAGUAUCGGGUCAAUAUUGUUUUGCUCAACUGCCACUCAGCAAUGCAUCUCUUCUGAAUGAUGAAACAUUUAUUGAAAACUUGAACUUAAAUAUUGGAAUAUGUGUACCAAAUAGUUGCAGUCCGGAAGUUAUAAAUUCCAUACUAAGAAAAUCAUUACAAAGAUCUUCGAAUGGAAAUCUAUCAGAUGUAAUUGUUUCGGAUUGCACAAAUGGAAAGAUACCGCCUUUACGGUUUAUUCAUAUUUUUGGAAUACUUGUGUUUUCCUCUGUUGCUGUAUUGAUGGUUGCAAGUACUUUCUAUGAUUUGUAUACGAAUUAUACUGAAAAGCAACCAGUUCCAGUUCUAUUGGCAUUUUCAAUUUUAUCAAACGGAAGGAAAAUGUUUAACAUCAAUACGACAAAGUCUCCCAAUAAUAUUGAUUGUUUGACAGGACUAAGAGUUAUAUCAAUGGUUUGGAUUAUACAUCAUCACACUCUUCUGAUUCAUACAUUUAUUCCAACAUUAAACCAAAUCAGAUUUAAAACAUUCUUCCUAGAAAAUAUUUGGUUUAUGACUUAUAUGAAUGCAGGAAUAUCAGUUGAUACAUUUUUCUUCAUGGCUGGACUUUUGGUAGCUUGGACUGGAUUUAAAGAAUUGGACAAAACAAAUGGAAAAUUAAAUAUUGUGAUGAUGUACGUUCAUCGUUAUAUUCGAUUAACACCUGUUGUAGCAGCUGUCCUUUUGUUCAACGUUAGUUUGAACGAACUUAUUUACACGGGACCAUUUAGAGAGUCAAUGCUCAGAAAAAAUGUAUGCGACAAUAGCAAUUGGUGGCGUACUCUAACUUACAUUCAGAAUUAUUUUGUGCCAGAGAAAGAAUGCUUAGGUGAAACUUGGUAUUUGGCUGUUGAUUUCCAUCUUUACCUGGCCGCUCCUUUUCUUUUGAUUAUGAUGUGGAAAUAUGGAAAGAAGUUUGCUCCUGUUCUUGUCGCCCUUGCUCUUACAUCAAUGGGUUAUGUAACUUGGGUUUUUUUUAAGAAAGGUUACGUUGGAGUUGUUAUUGGAGUAAAUAUGGGUCAAUGGACAUUAACUAACAUUCCAACACACGCAAGAAUUUCAUCUUGGUUAGUUGGAUUUGGACUUGGUUAUUUUAUGCAUAUAAAUCGACAGACUAAAUUCCAAAUACCAAAAAUUAUUCAAAUAUUGGCUUGGAUUAGCAGCCUCGCAACUCUCUUCUUUAUUGUGUUUGGACCUUAUAUGAUCAUGGAUGAUAAACGUUCCUCCACCAACUUCAUAGCUACAAUGUAUGAAAGCUGGAAGCGAACAUUGUGGGCAAUUGCUUUAGCAUGGAUAGCUUUUGCAUGCCACUUUGGCUUUGGAGGCACAAUUAACUCAAUCCUAUCGCAUCCAAUUUGGCAGCCAAUUGCACGAUUGGGAUAUACUAUGUAUCUCGUUCAUAUGAGUGUUUUGAGAAUCUUAUUGGGUUCUAGUCGAUUGUUGGGAUACUUUUCAGCGUUUGAGUUGAUUCAAUACACUUGGAGUGCUUUUGGUAUUUCGUUAUUUUUCGCCAUUUUCUUAGCCCUGGGAUUUGAAUCUCCGAUAUUGAUUUUGGAGAAGUUUAUAUUCAGCGAUAAAAAACAGAAAAGCAAAGAAGACAAAGAAGAUAAAAAAGUUCAGUAAAUGAACAAGAUUGAGGAACUAUCUAAAACAAACAAAAAAUUAUGAAAAGAAUUCUCAAAAAUAAAUGAAUGAUCCUAAUUUAUAAACUUUAAA